AUGGAUUUUCGCGACGCCGUGCUGCGAUCGAACGAGGAGGCGCAGCGGAACGUGGCGCCGUUUUUGAGGACGCGCGCGCUGCGCGCGGUGAUUUCGACGUUUCGCAACGACGCCAACGGCGAUUUCGGCAAGUGGGCGACGAAUCCGUUGGUGUUGCGGAUGCUUUCGGAGAUGCAGACGGCGCUGGACGAAGGACGGGCGUCGGAGGAAGAGAUCGAGCGCUUCAUGGUGAACUAUCUGAGCGAUUCCAAAAACGAUGGACACGACGCGUUCAAGAAGCGAACCACGCGCGAGGCGAAUCUAGAGACCAAAGACUUGGUCGGCGCGCUGAACGAGCAGUGCGAAUUGCGAUGCAAGGGCAACGCGCACUACGAGCGUCGAGAAUUCGCGGAAGCGCGCGAGUGUUACGCGCAGGCGCUCGGGAUCAUGAAUCUCGUCAAGGGCAAGAACCCGUUCGACGCCGACGAGUGCUUGAAAAACCGCGCGGCGUGCCUCCGCAACCUCGGCGCCGCGUGCAUGGGUCUUAAGCUCUACGGCGAAGCGAUCGAGCAUUUAUCCGAGUAUUUGCGCGCGUCGCCCGACGACGCGCGCAUCUUGUGUCGUCGCGGUCGCGCCUUCGUCGGUCGCGGCGAUUUCGCCGCCGCCGAGCGCGACUUCGCCGCGUGUCUCCGCUUGGAUCCGUACGACGCCGAGCCCCACGACGAGCUCGCGCGUCUUCGCGACGCGCGUCGCCGCGACCGCGAGCGUUCGCGCGCGCUCUCGCGUUCGAUGUUUCAAUCGUGA